CAGAUUGUGAAGCUUGAUUGAGUCGCAUUGAUGCUUCUUUGAGAUUAGCUGGUUUGUGAUUUUAAUGGAUGGUCGGUAUUAAUCAAGUUGGGCUUAAGAUUUUGUCGGAGGUGGCUCAUGUGAUCGGUGGGUGGAGUGGAGUACCUGGGUCGGGAGUAGAGCAGGUAGUGUUUGAAGUCAGUAGCACUGGUUGUGGAAUGGAUGGCGGGAAUUGUGGCCACAGAAUGGAAUUUAGUCGCACGAUAGGAUGUGGGCUAGCGUUACGGAAGCCGGAUUCUACUUAGCUAUGGUAGAGCUGACUGGUUAAAGAGCGGAUCCGUAGGGGCGUUUUACAAUACUCGGAGACCUUCGGGGCCAAGAGCGACUGAGGGAAUGAUUGAUUGCCAUCUGAUGUUGGAAGCUCUUUAAUUGUGGGCUGUGUGGGAGCGGGGGAAACGAAAACUCUGGCAUGCAAGGGAAGGACAUGCCAGGGGUCAAUGGCGGAGGGCCCAUGUGGAAACAACUUAACAACGAGCCCCCUGACUCGCCCACACACUAUAGUGACGAUGAACUCAUGUUGGGCUAUCGGGAUCGAGGGAUGGAAAGUCUGGAUUACGAGGUCGUUGAAAGCGUGGCAUAUCGAGAGGACCAGGCUCAACGGGGAAUUUGGCAUCAUGCUUCCUAUGUAACCUUAAAAUGGACCUUUGCACUUCUCAUUGGUAUAGGGACUGGACUUGCUGCCUUCUUCAUUAAUAUUGCAGUCGAAAAUUUUUCGGGAUGGAAGUUUGCUGCUACGUUUGCUGUCAUGAAGCACAGUUACUUUCUGGGCUUAGUCGUCUAUAUUGCUUGCAAUGGGGCUUUAGUUUUCUCAUCAGUUUACAUCGUCACCCAAUUUGCACCCGCUGCAGCAGGGUCUGGUAUCCCUGAGAUCAAGGCCUAUUUAAACGGUGUUGAUACUCCUGGCAUUCUCUUGUUUCGUACACUUAUUGGAAAGAUUCUGGGUAGUAUAGGUUCAGUCGGAGGAGGGUUGGCCUUAGGCAAGGAAGGUCCCCUGGUGCACACGGGCGCCUGUAUUGCAUCUGUACUUGGACAGGGCGGUUCAACCAAGUACAAUGCGAAUUGGAGAUGGCUUCGAAGAUUUAAAAAUGAUCGUGAUCGUCGUGAUCUUGUGACAUGUGGCUGUGCUGCUGGGGUAGCUGCAGCCUUCAGAUCUCCCGUCGGAGGUGUCUUGUUUGCACUUGAGGAGGUUACCUCCUGGUGGAGGAGUCAACUUCUAUGGCGGGUGUUUUUUACAUCAGCUGUGGUUGCUAUUGUGGUGCGGACUGCUAUGGGUUGGUGUAAGAAUGGUAAAUGCGGACACUUCAGUUCUGGUGGAUUUAUCAUAUGGGAUAUCUCGGGGGGUCAGGAUGACUACUCAUUUUAUGAACUUCUACCCAUGGCUAUGCUUGGUGCUAUUGGCGGACUAUUGGGAGCACUUUUCAACCAGCUUACCAUCUGGAUCUCCACUUGGAGACGAAAUGUGUUACACAGACAAGGCAAUCGUGUAAUGAUUAUUGAGGUUCUGUUGGUAUCGUUGAUAACAUCCAUUUUGUCAUUUGGUUUACCAAUGAUGACCACUUGCAAGCCUUGUCCGGACCCCGCCAAGUACCCAGAUGUGACAUGUCCCCUCCCUUCGAGCAAUUAUGGCAACUAUGUCAAUUUCUUUUGUUCAAAUGAAAACGAAUACAACGACCUUGCAACAAUCUUCUUUAAUACACAGGAUGAUGCAAUCAGAAACCUUUUCAGCACGAAUACCCCAAAUGAAUAUACGACUCGUAGCCUCCUGACCUUUCUGGUAAUGUUUUUCUCUCUUGCGGUGUUGACGUUUGGAACAGCUGUUCCUUCAGGGCAGUUUGUACCAGGUAUUAUGAUUGGUGCAACUUAUGGGCGACUUGUCGGAAUCUUGGUCGUCAAUGCUUCGAGAAAGAAUAGUGUUGACGAAGGAACGUACGCUUUGCUGGGGGCUGCCUCGUUUCUUGGAGGCUCAAUGCGGAUGACUGUAUCGUUGUGUGUUAUUAUGGUGGAGAUCACUAACAACCUCCAGCUUCUUCCACUCAUUAUGUUGGUCCUCCUCAUCUCUAAGGCCGUUGGAGAUGCCUUCAACAAUGGUUUCUAUGAGGAGCAGGUAAAGCUGCGAAGUCUUCCUCUUCUUGAGUCAAGACCUCAACGUUUUAUGCGGACUUUGGCUGCAAAGGAUGCUAUUAGCACAAGAAAGGUUGUGCAGUUCUCAAGGGUGUCAAAGGUUAGUCAAAUUGUAGCUGUCUUGCGAAGUACCGACCAUAAUGGCUUUCCGGUUGUUGAUAACCUUGAUACGGGAGAGCCUGUUGUGAUUGGCCUUAUUUUAAGAAGCUAUUUACUGGUUCUUCUUCAGGCCAAGACAGAUUUUCAGCACAACUCCUUGCCUGGAGACAUAAGAGGUCAAAUAAGUUUCAGAUAUAACAUGCGAGAUUUCACGAAACCAGUGUCUAGUAAAGGCCUUUCUAUCUACGAGAUCAAUAUCAGUCCUCAGGAAAUGGAUAUGUACAUAGAUUUGCAACCAUUUGUGAAUCCUACACCAUACAUUGUUCCUGAGGAUAUGUCACUAACAAAAGUUUACAAUCUAUUUCGGCUGCUUGGAUUGCGGCAUAUAUGUGUUGUGCCACGGCCUUCACAAGUCGUAGGAGUAAUCACUCGAAAGGAUUUAUUACCUGAGGUGUUGGAAGAAAAGAAUGGUUUGGAAGAGCUAAUGAGCAGUCGAGGAAGGUAUUUUCUUCCCCACGAUCGCAACCAACCACUCCUGGAGGACUUGAUGUGAAGCUUCGGUAAGUGCAGGGACCGGCUCCAUAUGCAUGCCACGGACAGUGACCUCCUCGAACACUUGAUUUCAACCUCGCACAACACUGCUAUAGAUUCCACAGGUCAUUUCGUUUGCACGAAGGUUACUUUGUUUUUAUUUCCAAAUUACUGAUCCGCAAAACCUACAGUUGCCUGUCUUUCCAACUGAUGUCAUAGACCAACACAGCAGCAAUACCACAGUGCACAGUGUGUGCUGCAUCUGUUUCAGAAA